GCAACUGUACAGCAUGUGCUUACAAAAACAAGAGCUUGACCGUUCACCGACACUUCUCUCGACAUUCGACAUCUAACGCUGCGACGCCAUCUUAUUCUUCUGGCAUUUAUCACAGGGAGAAGACGGAAGACGCUCGGUGCAGACAGAGGGAAGCCGAGGACGGUCAACGAUGAGCGGAGCCAAAGCCCGCAGCGACGCGCCUGUUGCUGAAAAUGUCUCCGGCGGCGGGCACAGCACUGCGGCUGCUCCGCGGGACCGCAAGCCCGGCGGAGGGGUUCUGAAGAGGCUCAAGUCCCGGAGGAGCCAGGUGGACAGCAGGCCCGUCACGGAGGAAGACCUGCGGACACAGAGUGGACACAUCACGCCGGAGGAUGUGCUAGGACUGCGGGUGGCUACGCGAGGGUACCUCUGUAAACCCGAGGACAAUAUUUAUAACAUUGACUUUGUACGCUUCAAAAUCAGGGACCUGGAAACCAGCACUGUCCUUUUUGAGAUUGCCAAACCCCCGCAUACAGAGGAUGACGAGGAGAACAGAGAGGCAGACGCCAGCGCGGGCCGAUUUGUACGCUACCAGUUCACCCCAGCCUUCCUGCGACUGAGGACUGUGGGAGCUACGGUGGAAUUCACAGUCGGAAACCGGCCUUUAAACAACUUCCGCAUGAUCGAGAGGCACUACUUCCGUGAUCACCUGCUGAAGAGCUUUGACUUUGACUUUGGCUUCUGUAUCCCAAACAGCCGUAAUACCUGUGAGCACAUCUACGAGUUCCCUCAGCUGUCAGAGAGCCUGGUCCGUCAGAUGGUGGAGUGUCCUUACGAGACCCGGUCGGACAGCUUCUAUUUCGUGGAGAACAGACUGGUCAUGCACAACAAGGCAGACUAUGCCUAUAACGGAGGACAGUGAUAUCUGCCUGCUAACAUGCAAAAACACACGCAAACCUGUGCAUGCACACACAUAUACACACAUUACUAGACACACAUAUACAUUGUUAUAUACAUUCAUGCAUGCACAUAGCGGAACAUACAUAUAGUUCAUUCAUCAUUCACUCACAAGCAGCUACAGACACGACUGAAUUGCCUCUUAUGUUUGUGAAGAUGAAUCACUAUUCAUUGGGAUCACUUUCAGGAGGUCAAUAUCAGUCUCCGCUCCGACAUGCAAGCAGCAAGCUUCAGUUAGAAGAGGGUUCAAAUCAGGUUAAUUAAUCAGUUUUUAAUUAUGAACAGUUCCGUUUUAAAACUGAAGAGGACUCAUCACUCAUCACUCUAGUGGCCGUGUGAUGUCUCAAACAGACCCAGCGGUUAUUAGAUAGAUGGUUAGUCUCCUCUUUGCAAAUUUAAAAGUCUCCUACCACCCCCUCAACCCACACACACACACACACUCACACACACAUAACGCACACUCUCAAUCCCCAAGUGACACACAUAGUGUUUACGCAGUGUUUGUCAGAAGCAGCUGUUCUCAGAGCUACCGCCUCCACAAUCCACUCCAGACAAUAUCGGGGGAGAAAGAGCGAAAGCAUCCACAAAAACACUCCUGUCAAACACACAUGGUCACUCCUGCGACCCCCCUCCCCAUCUCCCUCUCCUCUCACGCUUUCACGCUUUCACACACACACACACACACACACACGCACACACACAUCAACAAUAGUACUGUAUAAGAUUUUAAUCAAAGGUCUCUGAGAUUGUUACUAUUUUUUGUUUUAUUUACAGUCUUCUCGGGUUGAUAGCAACACGGAAAUAGAUCUGGACACAGUUCACUGCAAUGCAACUGUGUCCAAACAAAAGACAAUAACCUGGUGUGAUGAACAAGAGUAAAAAAAAAGGGAAUUUCAAGUAGAAAAUACUCAUAAGUUUUGAUAUCGUGAUGCAUGUGAUGAUAUAAACAAAAAAGGGAAAAGAUAUGUACUGACUACCAGAUAUACUGUGGAAAAAAAUGAAAAAGAAGUGUACUUGGUCCAAUGAAAAGUUUGGGCGUCCUUAUUUUUAAGUUAGAUUUUCAUUUUUUCCCCUGUCUAAGUUGAAUUAGCUGUAUUUUUUUUAAUCAUUUCCUCAUCACACACACCUUUAAGACAUUAAGUUGGAACAUGUCUGGAAAUUGAGUGGUCUUUCUAGCUAGAUAGUGUACUUCCUCUUUGUACUUUGUAAACUUUGGUGUUCCGGGUUAAAGGUGGUGUUUGUAAAAAUAUAUAUAUAGUUUGUAAAAAGUGAAAAAAGAAAAAUAAAUGUACAUUU